AUCAUUUCACUGGAAGCCCGACAUUGCCCCCUCCCUGGGUGACUCCAGUACAAAUAGGUGAGCAGAGCUGUGGGCUGGGACAGAAACAGGACCGGCCAGAUCCUGCUAAGCUGCUUCAAUGAAAGGAUGCACCAGCCUUCAAAAGAGGAAUUACUCUACGGAACAAAUGGUCUCGAAAAUUCCAACCAAGAACAGAGGGGAGAGAAAUUACCCAUGAGGCUGUGCAACGAAUCAUGCCAUGCACUGGAUAUCCUGCAGAGUUUAAAUAUUUACAGAAAAACAGGGGUGUUCACGGAUAUCGUCCUUGUUAUCGACGGAAGGGAUUACCCCUGCCAUAAAGCGAUCCUGUCUUCCUGCAGUUCCUAUUUCAGAGCCAUGUUUGGCGGCCACCUCAAGGAGAGUCAACUUGACAUUGUAGAGAUCCAGAAUAUCUCUUCCCCGGUCAUGGACGUUCUCUUGGAAUACAUGUACGGAGGGAGCCUACUGAUCGAAGAAGACAACGUGGUGGGGAUCCUGGAAGCCUCGGACUUGCUCCACAUGAACAAGUUACGAGACGCCUGCGUGAAGUUUCUCGAGAACCAACUGCAUCCCUGUAACUGCGUGGGCAUCAUGAAAUUUGCAGAUUCCUUUUCCAUCUCUACUUUGUCUGAGAAGAGCAAGAAGCUCAUGUUGGAAGGCUUUGCCGAGGUGUCUUGCCACGAGGAGUUCUUGGAUUUAAGCAAAGAGGAGCUCGUUGAGUAUCUGUCCAACAAACACCUCGUGGUCAGGAAGGAAGAAGAAGUCUUCGAAGCCGUUAUGAAAUGGGUGAAUAAAGACGGCCUUGUCAGAUCGAAGAACUUGAAGGAUCUUUUGGAGCUCGUGAAACUGCCGUUGCUUGACCCGGCGUAUUUUCUGGAGAAGGUCGAAAUGGACAAGACCAUUCAAGGGUGCAUGGAAUGUUUUCCUUUGCUACACGAGGCUCGUAUGUACUACAUCCUCGGGAAUCAAGUCAACCCUCUCAGAGUUACACCAAGAAGGUUCACGGAUUUAUCAGAAGUGAUAGUUAUAAUUGGCGGCUGUGAUAAGAAGGGUCUGUUGAAGUUACCCUUUACCGAUAGCUACCACCCAAAGGGAGGCCAUUGGACGGCGCUUGCCAGCAUGCCCGGAUAUGCCAAGUCAGAAUUCGCUGCCUGCAUGUUAAAGAAUAACAUUUAUAUUUCAGGGGGUCAGAUCAACAGCAGCGACGUGUGGAUGCUCAACACCCAACUAAAUAGCUGGCUCAGGAUCGCCUCGCUGAACAAGGGCCGGUGUAGACAUAAAAUGGUCACUCUGAAAGGAGAGAUUUAUGCUGUGGGUGGAUUUGAUGGUGUGCAGAGGUUGGCCUCGGUGGAAUGCUACAACAUAUUCACUAACACUUGGACCAUUGGGCCCCCUAUGUUGGAAGCCGUUAGCUCCGCUGCUGUUGUAACCUGCAUGAACAAGAUCUACGUGAUUGGUGGAGCCAUUGAGUCCAACACCAACACUAGAAAGGUUCAGUGUUUUGAUCCGGAGGAAAAUAAAUGGACGUUCUUGGAGGAGUCCCCUUUUUGCCAGCGGUGCAUCAACGCUGUUGAGUUGGAAGGAACCAUCUAUGUGGUUGGGGGCCUUCUGAGUAGCAUAUUCAGCUUUGACCCAGCAAAGGACCAUUGGAGUGAAGCUGCCUGUCUGCCGGCCCCGCUGGAAAGCUGUGGGGUGACAGUGUGCGGGGGCAAGAUCUACAUCCUGGGCGGAAGGGACGAUAAUGGAGAAGGAACUGACAAGGUGGUUACAUUUGACCCCAAGACGGGGUUGGUGGAGAUGGAGUCCCCGAUGCAGCGCUGUACCAGUUACCAUGGAUGUGUGACCAUAUUGCAGAGGACAGAAACAUAAGGGAUGGAACCCAGAGGGACAAAGAGAUUUAUGAACUGAUUGCUGCACUGAGCCUUCACGCAACUCUUAUUUAUUUACCUUUUGUAUCUUCUUGGUAUUGUUAUUGAUGAUUUUAAUAUGUUUUUAACUAAUGUACGUAAUUGUUCCUUGAGUAAAAAACAAUUCCUACAAAAUGUAAACAGAAUUUGCAAAGAUUGCCAAUUUCCGUG